AUGGCGGCGUGUGCGCUCGAGCGGGGCCAUCGUGGUGUGUGUACGGCGAGUUGUGUCCAGUAUCGGCUGAUUGUUCGAGAUGUGCAUACUCUACAGAUUCUUCAGCUUUACACAUGUCUUGAUGCGAUCCAGUGUUUGGAGUGGUCUUCAGAUUCCAAAUUUAUUUUAUGUGGGAUGUUCAAAAGAGGGAUAGUGCAGGUAUGGUCAUUGGAGCAGCCUGAAUGGACAUGCAAGAUAGAUGAAGGGUCAGCUGGACUGGUCAGUGUGAGAUGGAGUGCUGAUGGACGUCAUAUCUUGACCACAGCAGAGUUCAACCUGAGGAUCACGGUUUGGUCAUUGGUCAACCGGUCAGUGUCCUAUAUCAAGUAUCCUAAAGAGGCAAAGCAAGGAAUGCAUUUCACUAAAGACGGCAAGUACAUGGCGCUAGCUGAGAGAAGGGACUGCAAGGAUUUCAUCAGUGUCUUUGCUUGUAAUACAUGGCAACUUGUUAAACAUUUUGAGACGGAUACCAGAGAUUUAGCUGGAUUAGAAUGGUCACCCGACGGCAGGGUACUUUGUGUAUGGGAUUCAUUAUUAGAGUACAAUCUUCUUCUCUACUCAGUCGAUGGUCGAUGCAUGGCAACAUUCAAAGCCUAUGAAUAUGCCCUGGGCAUUAAGUCUGUUUGCUGGUCCCCAAGUAGUCAGUUUCUUGCCAUUGGUAGCUAUGAUCAGAAGGUUCGUGUUUUGAAUCACAUAACUUGGAAGACGGUCGUCGAACACAGCCAUCCUCUUGCAGUAGAUACCCAAGCAGUGGUAGUGUACAAGGAGGUUGAACAGAGACCUCAAGUGUUAGACGGUGGAGCUCAGAAGUGGCCCUCAGACGGAGGAAUGUUCAGUGUGCAAAGCAAAUAUGAAGUUCAGCAAGGUUCAGUAACAGUGCCAAGUAUCAAACCAGAUCCUGAUAAGGCUAAUCCUAAGAUUGGCAUUAGUCUCUUAUCUUUCAGCCCCGAUAACAGGUUUAUGCUGUCCAAGAACGAUAACAUGCCCAAUGCAUUGUGGAUAUGGGAUGUGCAGAAGCUCUCACAGGCAGCAAUGUUGCUUCAAGUUGGAAGUGUCAGAGCUGCUAAGUGGGAUCCAUGCAGAGCUCGUCUGGCCGUGUGCACAGGAAGCAAUAAGCUUUAUCUCUGGUCACCCGAUGGCUGUGUGGCAGUAGAGGUUCCAGCGGAAGCAUCUUUCCAGGUGACAUCGUUGACGUGGCACCCCGAAGGCAAGGCCAUUCUCCUGUCUGGGAAGGAUCACAUGUGUGUCUGUUACCUGGCUGAGGAGGGUGACGAAGAAGAAGAGGAAGCAACGUGAUACGCCGUCAUCUCAUCCAAAGAACUCUGAAGAUGGAGAGUAUGGAGCUCCCUGCCAAUGGGCACGAUCUGGGAAUUCCCAAAGCACAGUGUAGGUGUUGAGAGCAUUAUCCGUGCUGUAACACCAGCUCUAACACCAGGAAGUGUUUCAUCGGCAUUCAUCUGCUGACAACCGCCAAUGUUGACUAAAUUUGAGAUCGAUGAUUGGCUUAAAGAAGCACUGGCCUCUGACUGUUACUAUGGCAACUGUCAGGUAUGACUAUUUGUUUGCGCUGACACCUUUUUAUGUGUCAUUGAUAAUUCAGCACGGACUCCAGCCCCAUUUCAGUGCGGUGUCGCAGCUGGUGAUAUCACUGCCCAAACGCCAACACCAGCUCUAAGUACUACACCUUUAAUGUUUGCAUAUUACUAUAUUGGAUGUCCAUAAAUUGACAUGAGAAAUGCUACAAGAAUGUCCAAUCUUGUUGGUGCUUACCAUUUUUCUUCAGAGCCUGGCAUAGAUCAAAUAGAAUGUGUUGAUCAAUGGUGUUUUCAGUGUAUGAUCCUCAUGCCUCAAACUGUAGGGACUGUUGAGUCGUCUAAAAUGAUCCUUGUAUUUUUUUCUCCAAUUAAUAGGGUCAUGAUACAUGUGCUAGAGACCUGGACAAAAAUUGGAAAUUACAUGUAUGCAAUAGUGUUAUAUGUCAUGUUUAGUGUAGAGUAUAGUUAAAGAGAAAUUCCAGUAGUUGCAGUAAACACUGAUUUCAUGAGAAAGUCUGUAAAACCAGGCUUAAUUGUCAGUAUAUCAUCGAGGAUCUAGAUCUGGUACAGUUACAUAAACUGAACUUUGUGAAAUCUUGAAAUCUACGCUGAAUAAUGUUCAGACUGAACUUCCCCAACACAGAUAAGCGCACGUGGGACAGUGUAUAAUUAUUGCUUUGAGCGUCGGGCCCGACGCUCUACCCGAAUCCUGUGCUUAUUUGCUGAUUUCUCAGCAAUUACACAAUUUCUUCCAGAAUCCUUUGGCACAUGCGUUUUAUUUAUACAAACAGACACUUUGGUGGUCAUUUCAUUGGAUUCUGUACGAACUCAUUUUGAUAUCGUUUUCAAAACUAGCAUUUACCUUUAAAUUCAGGGUUGAAGUUGGUCAUUCAAUUAGUGUGUCAAAUUUAUAGAGGAGCAAUUGUCGCCGGAGGAAAUGUCAUGAAACCAUGUAAUCACACUGUCUGACAGGUGUAUAUAUGGUUUCAUGACAUUUGCUCCGGCGACAAUUCCUCCGCUCUUAUUUCCACACACUAAUCGAAUGACCAACUUCAACCUAGGGUAACGCUAUAAUGACUAUACCCUACCCUAAACCUAACAUAAAACCCCAUUGCAAGUUUGCAACCCUAGCCCUAACCUCUUAAAUUGUAUACGAAAUUGCGCCCAGAGCAAUUGUCGCCGGAGCAAAUGUCGUGUCACCAUAUGUAUGUGUAUUUAACUUCAAUAAAAUGUGUGUGCCUUACAAUGUAUAGAAUUAUAAAAUCAUUGAGCAGUAUGUUCAAAAGAAAUAUUAUUUCGCAAACUUCACAAAAAGGCUAAAAGUAGAAAACUUAUAUUACAGAGCCUUUAUUGGAGUUGUUUGAACAAUUUGGUGAAUUGAAAUCAAGUAUUACAGGCCAGUGUUAGCCCUUAUUGUAUAUUAGGAACAAAGUACAUGUAUUAGGCUUGUUAUGAAUGUGAUUUAUUUAUUAUUUGGCCAAAUUACACUAAGAAAAUAUUUAAAUGCCAGGUGAAUGUUUCCAUGAUACUUUGCUUGUAGAAGUCAUGUGAUGAAUUAAAAAAAAAAUUAUUUUGUUUAUUUUGCGUACAAAAUUGAAAUAAAAAUCUAAUCAGUAUUGAGAGGAUAUUAUCUAAUGAAUAAUAAUAAAUAAUAUAGGAUUUAUAUAGCGCACGUAUCCACCUUGUUGGGUGCUCAAGGCGCUCCUAUAUUACUCCGGCUAAGCUAGUCUACCGAUUUCGGUGCUCACAGCUUUUUGAGGAAUUAGUUCCUGCCGGUUUCCAUUUUCCUCACCUGGGUUGAGUGCAGCACAAUGUGGGUAAAUUUCUUGCUGAAGGAAAACACGCCAUGGCUGGGAAUCGAACCCACGUCCCUCAGAUUGAAAGACUGGAGUCUUAACCACUAGACCACGAUGCCUCCACAUCUACAGUUGAGGCCAAAAUUUUACAUACACCCAUGGAAUUCAGUGAAAUUUGUUCACUUGCCAAAAAUUGUAAAAUUUACUAUAUCUUCAGAAAUAUGAAUACUACCAUGACAAAUUUGGUAUCAAAUGAAAGUGUGUAUUAAGCUCUUUCUCGUGAUUGGGAUGCCGUUGAGAUUAAAGUAUAUUUCAGGUGGAAUUUUCUUUGAAUAAAAAAGUAAUAUUUGUGCCAAAUGUAUUCUAUUGUUUGAUAUUAUGUUUUCAAACAUCGUUUCAUAGAAAUACAUAAAUGUCAAAUCUAUGAUUUAUAUUACAUUUUCUAUCAUGAUGUGUCACCACUGAAAUGUUUGUGUUGAGAAGUAACUAGCACAGAUAUGAAAUGUUUUUGUUAAGUUUUUAUUUUGAAUUUGUCUAAAAUAUUAAAUUUUUUUGGGAAAAAAUGACACCUAAAUAUUUUGCAGCUCCUGAUGACAAAGCAAUGUGAUGAAGGGGCAUGAUAUACUCAUUUGUUUGAUAUCCAAUUUGUUAUGAUAGCACAAACUUUUUAUAAGAUACAGUACAUUUUAUGAUGUUUGGCAGGUGUCAACUUUUCUUUGGAUUUCCUGGGUGUAGGCAGUGGCGUAGCUAGGAUUUUUUUCCUGGGGGGGCACUGGGGGGUCCUUGCUUUUUCAGGGGGGGCACCAUUUUUUCUGGUGUGUGUGUAUGUGUCACAAGGGCGGAUCCGAAUUUCGCCAAUAGGGGACGGGGCCCGAAAUUAUCUUCACCUAUAUUUUCCCCGAUCAGUCACUUCUUAUAGUUUUAUUCUUAUAAAACAACAAAAACAUGAAAUAAUCUCAUAAGCCUUAUAAAAAGUGCGAGCGCGAAGCGCGAGCGAUUUUUUUUUUUUACUUCAUGUAUUUUGUCCUGAAAAUUUAAUAUUCUGGGCAAUGUAAUGUGUGACCCUGAACAAGAUUCGUAUGUAACUAGAUGGUAACUGCGAACGCCAAGCGCGAGCAGAAAUUUUUAUUAACUGUUCUAGCAUUAUCGAAAAGGGACCUGUUAAGGACUGCUUACAGUUACCCACGAAGACAUGUAUAUUUCAAUAAUGCGAGCGCGAAGCGCGAGCAAACUUUUUUGACAUUGCGACCUAAAAAAAAUGGUCAUUCUAAGCACUUUUUGUAUUAAUAAAUGGGAUAGGUAUGUAACUAAACAAUUGAUGCGAGCGCGAAGCGCGAGGGGAAGAAAAUUGAGAUUUUAGACCUACAAGCGGGACACUCUAUUUAUAUUUUGUAAAUCAUGAAUAGGAUAUAGUUAAUCGGGUAUCAUUAAUAAUGCGAUCGUGAAGCGUGAGCAGACAAUUAUUGAUAUUCUGAUGUGAAACUGGAUAAUCUAAGUACAUUUUAAAUAAAGAACAUGCAGGCUAUCGCGCAUGUUUUAGAUUUAGACCUGGGCAUUCUGAAUACAUUUGUUUAAUGGAACAUUAUGGAAACCAAUAGACAAUAUGAACUUGGCAAAUCAAACAAUGUGACCACGCAGCGUGAGCUUAAAAUGCUGAUUUGUAGACCAUAAAACGGACAUUUUACAGAGCAUUUUACAGAACAGAAUAAUAAUGAAAGCUCGAUGUCCGAGCUAAAAUAUGUUUUGUAUAUUAACUUCAAAACUUGCUCCAUAUCAGCCUAUUGAGCAAGAUAUGAAUCUCAUCGAACAGGCAAUUCUGGCGCGAAGCGCAAGCAAAAAUGUUAUAUAGUAACAUGAAAGAUUUGGAUUUUUUUUGCAAGUCUUCCCCUCACAUUAUUUCAUUCACUCGUCUUCCUCCUCUUAUUUUCCUCUUCUUUUUUUUCUUCUGUCUUUCUUCUUCUUUUCCUUUUUUCUUUUCUUCUUUCUCCCUUUUUUCUUUUGUUUUGGCUCUGCCAAUUUUUUCAGGGGGGGCACAUCAAAUCUCAGGGGGGGCACGUGCCCCCCCAGGCCCCCCCCGUAGCUACGCCACUGGGUGUAGGUAAACUUCUGGCCUCAACUGUAUAUGCCUGUGUGCUGUGAUCUAUGAGAUACACGCAUGUCUCCGGACUAUAGGUCAAAUGGUUUGGGGUUUGAACUCUGCCGCUGCUUUACAUCCUUUUGCAUUUGUUCACCUCCAGUUUCCUCACUCAACCCAGGCGGACGUUUCAUAAAUCUGCUCUUAAAGUUACAAGCAACUUUAUGACCGACUGGUGACCCUGAAUAGGAACUAAAUGAACGCUAAUGAAAAUCAGGUGUGUAUCAAUUUACCCCAAGAAAGGAUCUCCAGUCUAUCGUAAAGUCGUUUGUAAUUUAUAUAAACAGCUUUAUGAAACACCAACCAGUUGAGAUAAUGGGUACCCAGCAGGAACUUGUUCCUUGAAAUGCUAUUAGCAGCUACAUGUAUGCCAAAGAUUGGUAAUAAUUGUAGAGCUCCAAAGUUGAGCUCUACAUCAGAAUAAGAACCUCUUAUUAUUAUUAUUAUUAUUGAUUAUAAAUAAUGAACAAAUUUGAUUAUCUCCUAGUUCUUGUUCUUGUUCUUGUACCAGUUUAGUCUUGCCAAAGUCAGUAAAAGAUACCAUGUUGAUCAAUGUCAGUAUUAAAAUUGAUUUAUUCAGACAUGUUCAUUUUCUUUGACCAUUAUGAGCAGAAUUGCUUAUGAAUUUUCAUUGUAACAUUGCCAUGAAUCCAUCAUAAAACCUGCUUGCAGAAAUUUUGUGAUAUGAAUGUAUAUUUCUUGUUUCAAGCUACUAUGAUGAAACUUGAUUAUAUAAUUAGAAAUCAUAUUCUCCAUGGAAAUGUGAUUCGGAGCUUGUGGACUUUCUUUACAUAGUGGACUUAAUUUAGGCAUGUUUAGCAUUUAUUUCUUUUAUAUGAAUGAUUGAUAUUUCUAUAUUUCUAUAUAACCCAUUGCAAAAAGAGUGGUGAUUAAGCAUAACUUUAAAAGAAAUAUUCAAAUGCAAGUUCCGUAUAUGCACAUCUGGGGCCUGCUUCAUAAAACAAGUUGUGUGGAAGCGCCGUGGUGUAGCGGUUCUGACUCUCACCUUGUAAUCUAGCGCCCUUUGGCAAGGCGUCAAUCCACACUUUGCCACUCUCACCCAGGUGCUAAUUGGGUACCGGUAGGAAACAACCGUCAUUGUGGUUGGUUUAGCAAGUGUGCGCCUAACAGGCUGCUUGAAAUGCUAUGAAUCCAGUGACCGGGUAAUAAUAAUUGUGAUGCGAUUUGAGCAGUCAUAGAUUGAUAAAGCGCUAUAUAAAUGCCAAUUAUUAAUAAAAAAUUUGCAAUAAUAGUUAAAAGCUACUGGAAUCCUUCAAUAUGAUUCGCUAAUAAUUUGUUAGUCUUUAUGACUGUAUUUGAUUUUUGUAGUUGGGUUUAAUUUGCUACUCUUUUUACAAUGGAGCUUAGGACUCAGAGUAUAGUAAUUUGCCAAAGUGGUGUUUUAUAGCUGAAAAUUAUGAUACGUAUAUUAUGUCUCUAUUUGAAUAACAAGGGAGAGAAGCAGAAUGUUAGAGAGAGAGAGAGAGAGUGAGUGUGUGUAAUAGAGAUACAUAGUGUAUGUGUAAGGGAGAGAGAGAGAGAGAAGAGAGAAAAAAUUAUUUCAGUUGUCUUGUUGCAAAUAGAGCAUGUACAGUCUUUCUUUGAUAAUGUUGAGAAAUAAACAAAUCUGAAAUUUACCUAUGCAGUGAUCUAAAA